CCCACACCUACUCAUGGUUAACAAAAUGAGUUCAAACAGCACUACUGCCCCUAGUGCCCUCACUACGACUGCUGCUCUGACUACUGCCAAGCCUGGCUUCAUCGAUGGCAUUAUUAACAAAAUACCUUUACCCAAAUGGGCUCUCAUCGCCAUCGCAGUCGCGGCAGGCCUUCUCCUCAUCCUCUUCCUCAUCUGCAUCAUCAAGUGCUGCUGUUGCAAGAAGAAGCACAAGAAGAAGGAGAAACUCAACUUGCAAAACAUCAAUGGCUCCACCACUGCCAGUCUGGUCCAGCCAGACAUGGAAGAUUUGGAGUCCGGACUGGAGAACGACAAGCGAGGAAGGCUGCAGUAUUCCCUGGAGUAUAACUUCCGUAGCCAGGAGAUGAAGGUUGGAGUGAAGCAGGCAGCAGAUUUAAAGGCCAUGGACAGUGGGGGGACCUCUGACCCAUAUGUUAUUGUCUAUUUAACAUCUGAUAUGAGGAAGAAGUAUGAAAGCAAGGUUUACAGGAAGACACUGAACCCUGUCUUCAAUGAGACCUUCACCUUCCAGAUUCCCCAGGCGGAGAUGUCUGAGUCCACUCUGGUGAUGCAGAUCUAUGACUUCAACCGCUUUGCCAAACACGACAUCAUCGGCGAGGUCCGGCUGCCUCUGGGCGACUUCGAUCUGCAGCACGUGAUUGAGGAGUGGCAAGAGCUCACCGCUGCCAGUAAGAUGGAGCAAGAGCGCCUUGGGGAGAUAUGUUUCUCACUCCGAUACAUCCCCAGCACCAGUAAGCUCACUGUGGUGAUCUUGGAAGCCAAGAAGCUCAAGAGGAUGGACUCAAGUGGAUUAUCAGACCCCUUCGUCAAAGUGCAGCUUAUCUUGAACAAGAAGAAAUGGAAGAAGAAGAAGACAGGUGUGAAGAAGAGCACUUUAAGCCCCUACUUCAAUGAGGCAUUUAAUUUUGAGGUGCCUUUCAACCAGAUCCAGAACAUUGACUUGGUGAUUUCAGUCUGGGAUCAUGACAAGGUGACCAAGAACCAACAGAUUGGCAAGCUGUUCCUGGGCUGCAGAGCCACCGGCAACCAGCUGCGCCACUGGUCAGACAUGCUGGCCAAUCCCCGCCGACCCAUCGCCCAGUGGCACAGCCUGCAGCCGGUAGAAGAAGUGGACAAUGCCCUGCGGCUCAAAUCCCACUUCAAGCUGCCUCUGCCUGGCAAAUAAAGGGAGGUUUCUAUCUCUCUCUCCACUUGGGAUCAUAAGGAACCUGAGACAAUGGGUGUGCUUGGAUGGAUGGUCUGGAGUGCCAAGGAAAGGCAAGAAGUGCCUGGCCUGGGAGAGUUGGGAGAAUUUUGCUAUGAAGAAUCUGUAUCAAUUAGAUUUGUAGCCAAAAUAUAAGUGAGCAAGAACCAAGUUCCCCAGCCAUGUUGGGAGCUGGUCACUCAUGCAUAUGGCACCUUAGGGUAAUGACAAGAGCUUUGAGAGCACCAGAACCUACAAUCCAUCCCCAGCAUAACUAUCCUCUUCGAGCCAGUGGAGGGAACUGCAUGGAACAAGUCUCUGUGCUAAAUUUUGGGGUUGAGAGUUGAUGCAGAGACAUGUGUGCCCAAGGCAGAGUGGGUUGGGAUCUGGAAACAGCCUGGCCUCGCGUGAGGAGGGGGAUACUGGCAAUGUACGGACAAAUGGAGUGGGUUAUUUCCACAGUGUCUAGGAGAGAGAAAUACAUGCGACUGAAAAUAAUGCAAUGAUGACACUUCCUUUGACACAAACCUGCACAAUAGCAGCAACACGGUUCAAUGGACUGGCACGGAUGGAUGGGCUGCUUCUUACUGGAAGGAGCCAGGUGGGAAGAUCAUCCAUAAUCACAUUUUAUUCAGGGGGAGAGCAUUCCUAGAUGGAAAGACAUGAUGUUAAGGAGUCUGGUCCUCAAACUAAGGGGCAGAAGGACAGACUUGCAGUCAAGGCAUUGGAGACCUGGGUUAAAUUCUCUGCUCUGCUACAGGCUUCCAGUGGACUUUAGGCAUGUCCCCUAGUCUCUCAAUGGGAAUACUAGGGCUGCCCUACCUCCUAGGCGUGGGGUGGGGCACCCACUUUGACACAAAGGUCAUGGGGCUAUGUACCUAGUUAGACAGACCUCCUGCGAGGAUCCCGUCCUCAGUUCUAGGAGCCACUUCACAGCCAGUGAGCUUGGUGUGUGUUGGUUACAGUGUGCUCUCCCUACCUGGCCUGAUGCUGCUGCUGUAUUUAACAUGGAUUAACUCCCCUUGAUUGCAGCAUAUAGACACUGACAGGCUCCUCUAGUACUUCUGAGCUUUUCUCUUCGUGAGAGUGAGAAGCCUGCUCUCUGUGGGAGUGCAGUGGGGCGCUCCCAACACUCUGUGGCAUAUUGCUUAGCACUGGGCUAUUCAGUCUAUAGCCCUGAGUGAAGAAUGUGGCUGAGGGCUGCUUCAAUGCUGUACACAAGCUUCAUUAUUGCUGUGGUGUGGUGGACUGUGUGGACCAGGAAGGUUGGGGUCUUGGUGGGAAAUACUGAGAGGUUGGGCAGGGAAAAGCCUCCCUCAAAACAUGCUGGGAAGUGGGUUCCCUCCCAUGGUAGCCUCUGCUUAAAACAAAAAACAGCUGUUUAGGCUGACAGAACAGCACUGGCUGGGAUUCCCUGCCCACACCUGAGACCUCCUGUGUUGCUGGUCCUUCAGGACAGAAUAGUCCCACUCCAUAGAAUCUUAGAGUUGAAAGGGACCUGAGGAGAUCAUCUAGUCCAGCCCCUUGGUCAAAGCAGGACCAAUCCUCAAAUGGCCCCCUCAAGGAUUGAACUCACAACUCUGGGCUUAGCAGGCCAAUGCUCAAACCACUGAGUUUGCCUGCCUGCCUCCCCCCCUGAAUGAGGAAAGACACCUGGAUCAGCUCAGGCUAGAAAGAAAACUGCUAAGGGUGCCGUGCUGCGUCCUUGGGGACAUAUCUCUCCUGGUCCUUGAGUUUGCAUUUCAAGGGGCCAUUCAUUCUGGGGAUUUUUAAGGGGUUCUUUGUUUUAGAUUGAGACCACCGGUGAGUUUUACCCUGAUGCCACGGGACACCUCUGUCUGCCUUUGCCAGCCAGGUCUUCUAACUGAGAGAAGAUAGAAUUGGCCAGGUGUCAAACCGCCAGGGGCAGCUUCAGACCCCAGCACGCCAAGCGCGUGCUUGGGACAGCAAGCCAUGGGAGGCGCUCUGCUGGCGCCACGCAGGCUGCCUUCAGUGGCUUGCCUGCGGAGGGUCCGCUGGUCCCGCGGCUUUGGUGGACCUCCC